ACUUAAUGAACACCGUCUACCGUGCCAAGCGCUCUCGUUACAGGUAGGUACUACAACUCGGGCCUCAGUGGCUGCACAAGCAUUCAACGCACCAACAUCAAAUCACACAGGCCAACCAACUUGGCGCCGAAGUUGUGUCAGUAUAAAGUAAAACCUAACCCAGGAACGAACCCUCAAUCUCGGAGACUCAGCUGAUCAUCAUAUCUAUCCUGCUGCUUUCACUUCCUUCCCCCCUUUGCUUCAACACAGGCACCCUCGCACUAGGCGUAUAAUACUGCUCAAAAAACACUUGCGAUGGACGGCCAGUUAGACGGAACUUACGUGUCUCAGAGUCAUUUUGGCCCGGGUGAUGGUGCUGAUAUUGUCUUCUUCCUGAAGCGCAAAAGAAUUGUAGUGUCCUUCUGCCCAAGUCGCCAGUCGUCCCAAGAAGAGGACCUCAAGUCAGACCAAAUCGCACCUUGCCUAGAAGACUCAUUGAUACGACAGAUUUCUGAACCUCUGAAUGAAGAAACUUUCGAGAGCGAUCAUGCCUUGGACCAGGUUCUCGAUACGGUACUUGAUCUGGGUCAAGCUGUCUUCGAUACGGUGGCCCCAACCAGGAGUGUUCUGGGCCGAUCCUAUGAAGAAACUCUCCACAGUAUCAUAUACCCCCAGACAUUUUAUUUCCGCCUCUUGACUGCACAAGGCAGUCCCGCUAUCAUCCCCAUUGACGCCAACGAGAGCUACAGCAACUUUGAGCCAGAUUUCGAGUUCUAUGAAGAAGACAAUCUUGAUAUCGACGAAAGUCUUCCCAAGUACUCGACCACGCAAGUCUCUGUGGGUGAGAUUCAAGUGAAAGGGAACACACGCCUGGUCGCCCAGGUCCUGGCAGAUGGCAAAAAAAUGCUGUGUAAAGUUCAUGUGGGUAGAUUCGUUCUAGAGGAAAUGGAAAAAGAGAUGGCGGACUUGUAUGAUCUACGACAGGCUUCAAUACAAGGUCACACCUUGAUACGUGUCCCACCCCUAUUGGGUUAUGUCAAACAUCCCGAAGCAGGUUGCGUUAUUGGGUUCGUACGUGAGUGGAUCCCAGGCGUCCCUCUGAGAGACAUACGCAUUGCAACUACUCCGGAAAGCCAGAGACAUAAGUGGGCAUCGCAAAUCGCAGAUACAGUAAAGCAGUUGCACGACAUUGAGGUAGUUUGGGGCGAUGGAAAGCCAGAUAAUGUCAUCAUUGAUGAGAAUGACAAUGCCUGGCUGAUCGAUUUUGGAGGUGGCUGGACACGGGGGUGGGUGCCGGAAGAAUUAGUAGAAACGAUUGAGGGAGAUGACCAUGCCGUGAAAAAGAUUAUGGAGUUCCUGAAUGGUGACUAUAAAACGUCCGAGACCGCUGAAUAGCAAGCAGAUCCUGCAUCUUCUCAAUAUCACUAAGGGUGGCAAGAAACCGUCAUCAGCCCCUUUAUAUAAAUUAAAUUACCAAAUUCACCUUCUC